UUGUCAACAUGUUCCUGUUCCGUGUGUGGUACAUCUGUGUCGUGGUUUUUGCUCUGCUUGGAAUUCCCGCCAGAGCCUGGGAUUACUGCCAGGAGAACUGGUGUCCUCGUCCCAACGACCAUGUGGCUUGUAACAACAAUGGGACCCUUGGUACUAAAUGCUUUCCGGAGGCCAGGCUGUUACCCCUCAGUGAUAGUUUGCGUUACUUUAUUCUCCACAAAAUUAAUUUCUAUCGGAAUGAAGUGGCUUCUGGAAAAUUCCCUGGCUUCGGAGCGGCCCUUCGCAUGGCUAGCGUCUCCUGGGAUCCUGAACUGGCCACCCUGGCCGAACUGACCGUCAAGCAAUGCUCCUUAUCCACCGAUUCCUGUCGCAACACUAGGCGCUUUAAGCAUGUGGGUCAGCUUAUUGGCCAUGUGAUCUUCAGUGCCCGCAAGCAUAGCAACCUCCAGCUCUUGGAUCACAAAAUCGACAACUGGUUUAAUGAGUACAAAAGGAGCACUAACAAGUUAGGCAAUGAGAAGCCAAACAGCUUCCGCCAACUGAUCCAAGAGCGGGCCACCCACAUGGGCUGCGGCGUGCUCCGCCAGCGACGCCACCAAAAGUGGCACCAGCAGUUUAUCGUCUGCAACUUUGCCCGCGAGGACAUGGCCCAGGAGCCAGCCUACGAGGAGGGUCUUCAACCAGCCUCAGGCUGCCGAUCUGGACCGAAUCCCAGCUAUCCGUAUCUAUGCGCCCUAGAAGAGCACUACGACGUGAAUGCUCUCGAUCGUUAUUACACCACAAAGUCCUCGCUAAGGAUCAAGAUACUGUACAGCGAACCUAAGCGUGUUCCGGUGAAAGCUAGGGAAGAGUAUCUUUAAGUUUAUGGGGCUUUUCCUUUGACUUUAUCUCAACUUUCUUACUUAUCAAUAUAUAUAUUUUAUAUAGUCUUCACUUUACACUUAAA